UCUCAGGUCUCAAGCUUCAUCGUCUGCGUGCAUCUGGCUUGCAUUUUUUUUUACACAUACUAUUUAAUCAGAAUCGUGACUUGUGCAAAUUUUUUGGUCUUUGAAUCUGAUGCUGGAACGAACUUUAAUUUAUUUGACUUUCCAGGCGUUUUUUUGUCAAAAUAAUCUGCUUCCCUCUGCAUUAACCCGGAAACGAUCCUUCCUCAGUGGUGGCGUCGUGCACGUGUUAAAGGUAAGCAAAGGGAGCUCACGUUCACAUACUUCUUAAGUAAUAUGAUCUAUUAUCUUUAUUAUCGUCUUAGGAUGUUUAAUGUCAAUAACGCGGACUGCGUAGAAACAAACAGUAAUCAUGGGGAAAUCCAACUCGUACGGGAACCACAACGGUGACUCUCAUAAAAACAAGGCAAGGAAGUGGAAGACGAAGCGCAGGACUAAAGACUUGGAUCAGAUCCACUCCGACCUGAAGCCUGAAGUGGCCACCAAGCUCCUCCACCAAGAGGUGGACUUUGACGUCACUGGCUGUGCCCAGCACUACUGCAUAACCUGCGCGAGAUAUUUUGUGGAUAUGAGGUCAUUGAAAGAACAUUUCAAAACAAAAAUCCACAAAAAACAGCUGAGGCUCCUCAGAGAGGAGCCCUAUACCCAGGCGGAGGCGGAGAGGGCCGCCGGCAUGGGGUCCUUCAUCGCCCCCAAGAAGAUAGAAGUGACGACGCAGCCCAUUGAAGAGGAAAUGGAGUGAUAUGGACUCGACCUGACCCUGCAAGGAUUGAAAAUGGACUGUGCCUGACCCUACAAGGAUUGCGAAUGGACUUUUCCUGACCCUACAAUGACUGUGUAUUAUCGUUCUGAUACUCAAACAUAACUGGUUGUUGUAUGCAUGAUCAAUAAAACUAUAUUUAUGGUUUUAAAAUCUUUACUUGAAGUCCUAAUCAAAAGGAUUUCCCAUGCAAAUAUUAAAUAAACUAUCUAUAUUUGAGUGAAUAGUGUAAUUCAAAUGUCUAACAGAAAUUACCUACAUGUCAAUUUUGAUUAAAUAAAUGGAAAGAAAAGUAA